AUGCAAUGGGCCGAUUUCCAGUGGGGACUCCCAGCCAUUUAGCGGCAAACGUUCAGCGGCUAAACUCCUGCGAUUGUAUACGCUAGCUUAAGGCUCGACAGUUGCGCGAAUCGCAACAAAACCCUCAAAAUGCCGCAGAAGCCGCUCAAAGCAAAUAAGAAGAUUGACAAGAAGAAGGAUGUCGCAAACAAGCAUGGAAAGGGUUCUAUCACACGGAAAGGAAAAUUUGACAAGCCGCCCAAGAAGGGCAAGGCUCUGGAGGAUUACAAGGACGCCGUGGAGGUAACAAAAGCCAUCAACAAGCGCAACGAGGGCAGCUUGGCAGGCCGCGCGGAGUCUGCGGGAGGCAAGCUGAAAGUGCUUAAAGCGCCGCCUCCAGCGCUGCUUCCAAAGGAUAAGCAGAAGCGGGGACAGCCCGCCAAGGCGCUGGCAGGCAGCAAGCCCAGCACGAAGCCCGCCGCCGACGCCAUGGAGUCGGACUAGGUCCCUGGCCUUUUCCACGUACCGUAUCUGGUGGUCAGGCGGCGGAGGUGUUCGUGCGCAGAAGUCAGUGAGGGACUCCGAUGGAAUGCAAAGCUACAGAAGGGGGUACACUCUGGUUGGACGAGGCGUCUGGGGGCGUGGGUCAGGGCGGGUGUGUGUCGAUGUGAUGCCACGGCUUUCGGACAGGUGUUGACGCAUUCGAACCGCUCCUUGAUAUUAUUCAUUUCCUAUUGACUGUGUUAUUGAUUUGACACUUGUUUGACUAGUUUGUGACUUGCUUGCCGAAGUGCAGCUGAAUUUGUAAGUGGCUACUUCAUACAAGACGGUUAUCGUUGCCUAUGAGAAGUUUCAACUACAUAUGACGCAAGACAAUUGUAAUAACGCAAUCGGAGUGCGCUGUGGCAGCCGUUUGCCUUGACUCGGGGAAUGCGGAAGCAGACACAACUCGCGGACCUAAUUGCGUCUUCAGGACUUGUCAGCGGCUUAUCAAAGCGCACGUCUAGCCAGGAUGGCUCGGGUGGAGGGUUUC